AGAACACCGAGAUUUGUUUUUCUAACCGCCAUCAAACAAGAUGAAAGAAGAGCUGAUAAUCCGAGAGCCCAGUUCGAUGUUCAUCAUGAGAGAGCAGGUGGAUUUGAUUCAUGCUGGAGAACAGCAGAUGCUGCAGAUACCAGUGAAGAUUGAAGUGAAGCAGGAGGAGAUAAAAGAAGAAAACACAUCAGAGGAACGACAGAGAGAUGAAGAUGAACAGCAGAUGCUGCAGACACCAGUGAAGAUUGAAGUGAAGCAAGAGGAGAUAAAAGAAGAAAACACAACAGAAGAACAGAGUGAUGAAGAUGUUGAUGAACAGCAGAUGCUGCAGACACCAGUGAAGAUUGAAGUGAAGCAAGUGGAGAUAAAAGAAGAAAACACAACAGAAGAACAGAGUGAUGAAGAUGAUGAUGAACAGCAGAUGCUGCAGACAUCAGUGAAGAUUGAAGUGAAGCAGGAGAUAAAAGAAGAAAACACAUCAGAGGAACAACAGAGUGAUGAAGAUGAUAAUGACCAGGAGAUGCUGCAGACAUCAGUGAAGAUUGAAGUGAAGCAGGAGAUAAAAGAAGAAAACACAUCAGAGGAACAACAGAGUGAUGAAGAUGAUGAUGAACAGCAGAUGCUGCAGACACCAGUGAAGAUUGAAGUGAAGCAGGAGAUAAAAGAAGAAAACACAGCAGAGGAACAACAGAGAGAUGAAGAUGAUUUUAUUCCUUCAGAGCUGAUGGAAGUGAAAGAGGAAAGUCAAGAGCAACAUGAAGUGGAGGAGAAACAUCAGUAUCAGAAACAGCAUGAUGAGUCUUUAAGUGGCUCAAAAACUUACAAGAAUUUCUCACCAGAAACACAUCAAAGAAGAGCAGCCAAAAAUACUUUCAAUUGCGCUGAGUGUGGAAAGAAUUUCACAUGUAAAAGCAAGCUUAAUAUACACAUGAGACUUCAUGCUGGAGAGAGACCUUACACGUGCCAUCAGUGUGGAAAAAGUUUUGUAUAUGCUGACCAUCUCAAGAAUCAUCUCCAUUCUCACUCUGAAGAACGCCCAUUUGAAUGUGAUCAGUGUGGUAAAACAUUUGUUGUGGAUUUAGCCCUGAAAAUACAUCUGAAAACUCAUACAAACGAGAAGCCUUACAAGUGCUCUUCUUGUGGAAAGAGUUUUGUACGGCUGUGCUAUUUUAAUGAGCACCAGAAAAUACAUUUCGGCAUGGAGUCUCAUAUGUGCUUUGAAUGUGGGAAGACCUUUAUUACAGCCGGCCACCUCAGAGAGCACCAAAGAAUUCAUACCGGAGAAAAACCUUACAAGUGUUCAUUCUGUGGAAAGAAUUUUACUCUAUUAAAUAGCCUGAAAAAACACAAGAUAAUCCAUACUGGAGUGAAACCUUACAAGUGCUCACACUGUGGAAAGUGUUUCACUCAUUCACAAAACCUGAAAAAACAUGAGAGAAUCCAUACUGGAGAGAAACCAUACAAGUGCUCACACUGUGGAAAGAAUUUUACACUAUCAGAUAGCCUGAAAAAACAUGAGAGAAUUCAUACUGGAGAGAAACCUUACAACUGCUCACUCUGUGGAAAGAGUUUCACUCAUUCACAAAACCUGAAAAAACACGAGAGAAUUCAUACUGGAGAGAAACCUUACAACUGCUCACACUGUGGAAAGAGUUUCACUCAGUCACAAAACCUGAAAAAACAUGAGAGAGUCCACACUGGAGAGAAACCAUACCACUGCUUACACUGUGAAAAGAGUUUCUGCGCAGCAAGUAAUCUACAUAGACAUGUAAAAAAGAAUUGCCCAAGGAGUCACAGUGAGCAAAAGUCAUCUUCAGGUCCAACGAUAUCAAAACCUGGCUUUUUAACUGGGAUGAAAGAGCUGAUAAUCCGAGAGCCCAGUUCGAUGUUCAUCAUGAGAGAGCAGGUGGAUUUGAUUCAUGCUGGAGAACAGCAGAUGCUGCAGACACCAGUGAAGAUUGAAGUGAAGCAGGAGGAGAUAAAAGAAGAAAACACAACAGAAGAACAACAGACUGAUGAAGAUGAUUAUGAUUUUAUUCCUGCAGGGCUGAUGGACUUGAAAGAGGAACAUCAAGAGCUAAAUGAAGUGGAGGAGAAACUUCAGGAUCAGAAACAUCAUGAUUUCACAACUGGAGAAGAGUCUUUGAGUGCUUCAAAGACAGAAGAGAAUAUUUCACCUAAAAACCCUCAAAGAAGAGCAGCCAAAAAUACUUUUACCUGCUCUCAGUGUGGAAAAUGUAUCACAACUAAAAGGGAUCUUAUUAUACACAUGAGAGUUCACACUGGAGAGAAGCCUUAUACGUGCCAUUUGUGUGGAAAGAGUUUUGCAUAUAAAGACAGUCUUACUGUGCACUCAAGAAUUCACACCGGAGAGAAGCCUUACACGUGUCAUCGGUGUGGAAAGAGUUUUGCAUAUAAAGAAAGUCUUAAAGUGCACUCAAGGAUUCACACUGGAGAGAAGCCCUACACAUGUCAUCAGUGUGGAAAAGGUUUCAUAGAUAAAUCUAAACUUAAUGUCCACACAAGGAUUCAUACUGGAGAGAAGCCCUACACGUGCCAACAAUGUGGAAAAGGUUUCAUAGAUAAAUCAAAACUUAAUGUGCACAUAAAAGCUCACACCGGAGAGAAGCCUUUCACAUGCAUUCAGUGUUUUAAGAGUUUCGCAAGUAAAGGUAAUCUUGAUGUACACACAAGAGUUCACACUGGAGAAAAGCCUUACAAGUGCCAUCAGUGUGGAAAAGGUUUCACAGAUAAAGGAAAACUUAAUGUACACAUAAGGAUUCAUACUGGAGAGACGCCUUUCAUGUGCCAUCAGUGUGGAAAAGGUUUCACAGAGGAAGGAAAACUUAAUGUACACUUAAGGAUUCAUACUGGAGAGAAGCCUUACACAUGUCAUCACUGUGGAAACAGUUUUGCUUAUAAAGAAAGUCUAAAUGUGCACAUAAGAGUUCACACUGGAGAGAAACCUUUUACAUGUCAUCAGUGUGGAAAGAGUUUCACACGUAAAGAUAAUCUUGAUGCACACACAAUAAUUCACACUGGAGAGAAGCCUUUCACUUGCCAACAGUGUGGAAAAGGUUUCAUAGAUAAAAGAAACCUUAAUAACCACACAAAGAUUCAUACUGGAGAGAGGCCUUACACUUGCCAUCAGUGUGGAAAAGGUUUCAUUGAAAAAAAAAACCUUUAUAUCCACACAAGGAUCCAUACCGGAGAGAAACCUUACACUUGCCAUCACUGUGGAAAAGGUUUCAUAGAAAAAAGAAAUCUUUAUAUCCACACAAGGAUUCAUACCGGAGAGAAACCUUACAUGUGCCAUCAGUGUGGAAAAGGUUUCACAGAUAAAAGAAAACUUAAUGUGCACACAAAAGUUCACACUGGAGAGAAGCCUUUCACAUGCCAUCAGUGUUUUAAGAGCUUUAAAAGUAAAGGUAAUCUUGAUGCACACACAAGAAUUCACACUGGAGAGAAGCCUUACAUGUGCCAUAAGUGUGGAAAAGGUUUCACAGAUAAAGGAAAACUUAAUGUACACAUAAGGAUUCAUACUGGAGAGAAGCCUUUCUCAUGUCAUCACUGUGGAAAGAGUUUUGCUCAUAAUGAGAGUUGUAUUGUGCACAUAAGAGUUCACACUGGCGAGAAACCUUUCUCAUGCCAUCAGUGUGGAAAAAGUUUUGCACGCAAAGACAGUCUUGAUGUGCACGCAAAAAUUCACACUGAAGUGAGGCCUCACACUUGCCAACAGUGUGGAAAAGGUUUCAAAGAUAAACGAAACCUUAAUAAUCACAUAAUGAUUCAUACUGGAGAGAGGCCUUACACUUGCCAUCAGUGUGGAAAAGGUUUCAUAAAUAAAAGAAACCUUAAUAACCACACAAGGAUGCAUAAUGGAGAGAAGCCUUACACAUGCCAACAUUGUGGAAAAGGUUUCAUAGAUAAAAGGAACCUUAAUAACCACACAAGGAUUCAUACUGGAGAGAGGCCUUACACUUGCCAUCAGUGUGGAAAAAGUUUCAUAAAUAAAAGAAACCUUAAUAACCACACAAGGAUUCAUAUUGGAGACAGGUCUUAAGGCCCCAGCAUACUUAUGGAGAAGUUCUUCUUCAUUCGGAGGUAAAAAGAAGUUUGAAACUGCUGAGCAACGACAUACUGUUUCUGUACAUUCAGACAACUGCCAAGCUGCUGGGGGAGGUGUUGAGAUAAACAUUUUCAGUAAAUGAGGAUGAACAAGACUACAUGUAUAACACCCUAGGGUGGGGUUACAAUUUUCAUGGCCGCAAGCAACCAUUCAGCUGGGGGUCUCCUUUCGUACGUCCAGGAUUUUUAAAUAAUAAAUGUAUUGAUUAAUCUCUUAAUCGUCAUUGUAGCCAAGUACAAUCAGAAUGUAUAAUGAAAUAAAAAUAUAGUUGAAGAAAAAUGUAUGCAUGUUUUCCACUGUUUUUUCCUGUAUAUGAACUCAAAGAAAAAUGUUUUUUAAAUU